AUAUAUAAUCUUUGAUAACAUUCAACUAAAGAUUCUGAACAUUUUGUUUUCUUAUUUCGUUGCUAUGGUAACUUAAACUUAUAUGUCAUAAUUGUUUCUUAACCUGAAAAUACCAUCGAAUCAAUUUUAUACUAUUAUUAGUCUAAUCUUUUAUUAUAGAAAUUUUUAUAUUUUCUAUGUCAUGCCUAGAAGAAACCCAGUCUGAUUGUAAAUGUCAGUACACAUUAAUGUUGACAAAUGAAAUAGUUCAUGAGCAAUUUUCUGAAAUGAAAGACAGUUUCAAUCAUGUGCCCAGCAUUCAUGAGGUGGAUGAAGAAGAAACUGAUGAAGAAGAAACCUCUGAUCAAGAGUCAAAAACUCCCAUCCUGCAAGAUAUUGAACAACCUGCAGAUUUAAUAAAGAGCACUAUAGAUGAGGAUUCCAUUUAUAGCAAUGAUUCAUUUUGUUCUGACGAGUCUGAGAAUGAAUCUGAUGGAACUAAUACAACAUCAAAAUCUCUUAAUGAGUCUCAUCUUUCUUCUAGAAUUGCUAUCUAUGCAUGUAACCAAAAGGAUAGUAAAAGUGAAGAAGAAAGAUUUGAAAAUAUAGUACAAAAAAAUGAAAUUACAGACUCAGUUUGCUAUAGAAGUUCAAUAUCUGAAGAUUGUUCUGUAAAAAUCAGACAAAUAAAGAACAGAAGAAAGAAUAUGAGUUUUACAGAUGAAGAAAUACGAAAGAUUGAAUGGGAAAAUCAGAUUCUCUUGAGAAAGAUAAUGGCACAACAAAAAUCAAAAGAAAAGAUACUUCAUGAGAGUAUUCCACCAACACAAAUAAGCAGCUCUGCAAUAAAUAGAAAAAGAUUACAAAAAAAAAUAGAAAAUGAAAAUAUACUACUUUUGCAAAGGAUACAACAAACUAAAUCACGUGUUAUGAACAAUAUACUAAAACCUGGUUGCAGACAGACGAUUUUAUAAUCUGUAACAAUAAUUUUUAUACAUCUUAGAUUAAUAAAAUAUUUAUGAUUGAUGUUCUACUA